AUGUCGGAGUACAGGCGGGUAGCUCUCUUGGUGGUGUUGCUGGUUGUCGUGCUGUCGACUCCUGCAGUGAGCAUUUUUGGCCUUCCAUUCCUCGCUUCAUUCCAGGCGGUCGCAGGAAUCGCCAUCCCCAUGGUCUGCGCGGCAAUGUCCGGAGGUUUCCUGCUCUGCUCCUUGCUGAGGUCCAAGAGCGAGCCAGACGAUCACGACUUCGGAACUCAGAAUUGGGACGACGAGACUGCCAGGAGGAGUCCCAUGCGUGGACCGGCUGACGAGCACGUCGCGCCGCAGACGUACGGCGCAGACGAGGACCCGGCGCCUGAGGAGACCAACAGCGCCGCCAACAUUGGCCUGUCCGAGAAGUGGCAGUGGAGCAACGGCACCGGAGGCCGCUGGAUGGACUUCGACGCGGAUGUUGCCUUGGAGCUGUCAGAAGCCGUCGGUCGAGGCGAGACUCUCCUCAAGCUCUCCAUUCGAGGUCGCUGGUAUGAGAUCAACCUACAAUCGAUGCAGCAGCAGAGCCUGGCGACGGGCCGUUUCCGGCCGAUUCGCAAGGUGGCGGCGGUGCAGUCGGAGUUAAUGUGA